GGCCGCUGCACACGGGAGAACUGCAAAUACCUCCACCCACCCGCUCACCUGAAGACCCAGCUGGAGAUCAACGGGCGGAACAACCUGAUCCAGCAGAAGACGGCGGCGGCCAUGUUGGCUCAGCAGAUGCAGUUCAUGAUCCCGGGCACCGCCAUGCAGCCUGUGCAGACGUUUCCAGUCAGCCAGGGUCUGGGCUCCGGUGCGGGACUCAGCUACACGCCGUACCUGACUCCCAUGUCCCACAGCAUGGGCCUGGUGCCCACUGACAUCCUGCCCAGCACGCCCGUCAUCGUCCCCGGCAGCCCGCCCGUCUCCGUGACCGGCGGCUCGCCCUCCGGCCAGAAGCUGCUGCGUACCGACAAGCUGGAGGUGUGCCGUGAGUUCCAGCGGGGCAACUGCGCGCGCGGCGAGACCGACUGCCGCUUCGCCCACCCGAGCGACAGCCCCAUGAUCGACACCAGCGACAACACGGUCACCGUGUGCAUGGACUACAUCAAGAGCCGCUGCUCCCGCGAGAAGUGCAAGUACUUCCACCCGCCGGCGCACCUGCAGGCCAAGAUCAAGGCCGCGCAGCACCAGGCCAACCAGACGGCUGUGGCCGCACAAGCCGCCGCCACAGCUGCAGCCAUGACUCAGUCGACUGCCAAAGCAAUGAAGCGACCCCUCGAGGCAACUGUAGACCUGGCGUUUCCCCACGGCGUCCUCCAGCCGCUACCAAAGAGACCGGCACUGGAGAAGAGCAACGGAGCGAGCUCCCUGUUCAACCCCAGUGUUUUGCACUACCAGCAGGCACUGGCCAACGCACAGCUGCAGCAGCCUGCUUUCUUUCCCACAGGGUCAGUCUUUUGCAUGACUCCUGCUAGCAGUCUUGUCCCAAUGAUGUACAGUGCUACGCCUGCUACUGUCUCUGCAGCAACAACUCCUGCCACAAGUGUCCCCUACGCAGCAACAGCACCAGCCAAUCAGAUUAUCCUGAAGUGAGCGUCAGGAAAGGACCGGAGUGUCUUGAAGCUGCACUAGGAAACCCAAAACAGCCCCUGUGUAAAUACUACCUUGCCUCUCCUGUAGAGGUCCAACAACCUGCAUGCUAAGAGUGUAACACUUCAAUUUAACCGUAAGAACUGCAGUGCCGGUGUAACACA